CCAAAAAAAGAGAAUAUUGUUGCGCUGCGAGCUGCUUGCGGUAUUUAUUGGCACAUCUAGAUUAUCACCGGUUUUCACGGCAAGUAAAGUGUAUUGCAAACUAUAAACGAUAUUGUGUACAACAGUUUUAAAACCGAUGUCAUCUCAAAUAAAGUGAAGCAAUGAUGGAAGUGAACAAAUCAUUGGAUGAAAAGACGCAAGCUCAUGAAAGUUUACGAGGAAUUAUCAAAAUAGAAAGCGAAGACCUCGAACAUCUCUUGCUUGAGUCCGAUAUCUGUGAAGAAAUUAGUCAAGAUAAGAUAAACAGCAACGAACAAGAUGCUAUACAGGAAAAGAAGGAAUCAUCUUCAACAAUCGUUUUGCCAAAACAACAGCAUGAAUGUCAGAUGUGUGGUAAACAAUUCAUCAACGAACGUUACCUUUCGAAGCACCUCUUGAUGCACGAAGACAAACCGUCAUUCAGUUGCGACAUCUGCGAGCGACAGUUUCCUCUGAAGAGCAACCUAAUCAAGCACAUGAUCGUCCACAACUCUGUCGAAUCGUACAAAUCCGAUGUAUGCGGUAAAGGAUUUCAAUUUAAGAAAGUUUCGAGACGCGCUAAAACUACUGCACUUUCGGAUAAUAGCAGAUAUAAAUGUGGUUUGUGUGGUAAAAAAUUUAGUAACAAUUCCAAGCUGAGAAGUCACGAACUCAUUCAUACAGACGUGCGACCGUUUAGAUGUACCAUAUGUGGAAAAGAUUUUGCCCGUAAUUAUAUCCUGAACAAGCACAAAAUUAUCCACGAAGAUGAUAGCAAAUAUAAAUGUAGUGUGUGUCAUAAAAAUCUUGGUGCCAUGUCAAAGUUGAUAAAUCAUGAACGCAUUCAUACGGGCGAGCGACCGUUCAAAUGUACUGUGUGUGGAAAAUGUUUCAACCGUAAUUCUACCCUAACCAAACACAAGUUUAUCCACACUGGUUAUUACGGUCAUAAGUGCGAUGUGUGCGGUCAAGGAUUUCGAACCAACAAAGGUUUGAAAAACCACGUGAACAAACAUACAAGUGAGCAAACGUUCACAUGCACUGUAUGUGGAAACAAUUUUGCCACCCAGUGCACCCUAAACAUACACAUGCAAAUCCACACGAGCUAUUACAGUCAUACGUGUGAUGUGUGUGGGAAAGGAUUCCGAGACCAAACACGCCUGACAAACCACAAACACCAACAUACAGGGGAGCGUCCUCACGUAUGCACCGUAUGCGGAAAAGGUUUUACCACUUCAUUCUACCUUAAGGCGCACAUGUCUAUCCAUAUGAAUACCUACAGGUUUAGGUGUGUUGUGUGCGACAAAGGAUUCAUGCAUAGGCCAGACUUGAAAGAUCACGAAACUAUGCAUACAGAUGAAAACCCCUUCCAAUGCACUGUAUGUGGAAAGAAUUACCUGAGAAAGCGUUCUCUUGUUAAACACAUGAGUGUACAUAUGAGCAAUAGUAAUUUUACGUGCGUUACGUGCGGCAAAAAUUUUACAGAACGUUCACAGUUAGUCCAGCACGAACGCAUUCACACAGGCGAGCGACCAGUCAAAUGCAGUAUAUGUGGGAGAGGUUUUACCAAUAGCUCCGCCCUAACCAAGCACAUGGUUACUCACACGGGCGAUUACCGUUACAAGUGUGAUGUGUGCGGUCAAGGAUUCAAACUCAGGUCACACCUGAAAGAUCACGAGUACAGCCAUAGAGGCGAGCGCCCUUACAAAUGCGCUGUAUGUGGAAAAGAUUUUGCUUCGGAACGUACUAUUGCAGCACACAUGAGCAACCAUUUGGGCGAUUUCAAAUGGAAGUGUGAAGUGUGUGGGAGAGGGUUUCAACUGAAAUCACACUUCAAGCAGCACGAACGUGUGCAUACAGGCGAACGGCCCUAUCCAUGCAGUGUAUGCGGAAAAGCUUUUUCCACUAAGACAAGUCUGACUAAACACAUGUGUACACACACGGGCGAGUACAAAUGGAAAUGUGAAGUGUGCGGGAAAGGUUUUCAGCUGAAAUCACAAUUCAAGCAGCACGAACGUGUGCAUACAGGCGAACGGCCGUAUCAGUGCACUGUAUGCGGAAAAGCACUUGCUAGUAGGACAAGUCUGGAUAAACAUAUGUGUAUACACACGGGCGAGUACAAAUGGAAUUGUGAAGUGUGUGGAAAGGGCUUUCCACUCAAGUCAAGACUUCAGAAUCACGAACUAACUCAUAGAUAUGAGCAUCCUUGAAAAUGUCCUGUACAAAAAUAAAUAUGUUUGAACUCAAAGAAAUAGAAUUGAAAAUAUACAUACCGUC